AUGGAUCACAAACAUCGUGUGCAGCUGAACGAUGGUCACUUCAUGCCUGUCCUGGGAUUUGGAACCUAUGCACCUGCAGAGGUUCCUAAGAGUGAAGCAGAGGAGGCCACGAAGUUAGCUAUUAAUGCUGGGUUUCGCCAUAUUGAUGGUGCCUAUGUGUACAAAAAUGAAGAGGAGGUUGGACGGGCCAUGCGGAGCAAGAUUGCAGAUGGCACUGUGAAGAGGGAAGACAUAUUCUACACUUCAAAGCUUUGGCUCACUUUCCUCCGACCAGAGUUGGUCCGUCCAGCCUUGGAAAGAUCACUGAAAAAACUCCAGCUGGACUAUGUUGACCUCUACAUUAUGCAUUUCCCAACAGCUCUGAAGCCCGGGGAGGAUAUUUUUCCUAAAGAUGAACAUGGAAAAUGCAUAUUUGACACAGUGGAUCUCCGUGCCACCUGGGAGGCCCUGGAGAAGUGUAAGGAUGCAGGAUUGACCAAGUCAAUCGGAGUAUCCAACUUUAACCACAAGCAGCUGGAGAGGAUCCUGAACAAGCCAGGGCUCAAGUACAAGCCCGUCUGCAACCAGGUAGAAUGCCACCCUUAUCUCAACCAGAGAAAGCUGUUGGAUUUCUGCAAGUCAAAAGAUAUUGUGCUUGUGGCCUACAGUGCUCUGGGGUCCCAACGAGAAAAAAAGUGGGUGGACCAGAACUCACCUGUUCUCUUGGAUAAUCCAGUUCUUUGUGACAUCGCCAAAAAGCACAAGCGCACCCCAGGCCUGAUUGCCCUUCGCUACCAGAUCCAGCGUGGGGUCGUGGUUCUGGCCAAGAGCUUCAAUGAGAGGCGGAUCAGAGAGAACAUGCAGGUUUUUGAAUUCCAAUUGACUUCAGAGGACAUGAAGGCUUUAGAUGGAGUAAAUCUAAAUGUUCGCUAUUUCCGCACUGAAUUUACCAUUGGCCACCCUGAGUACCCAUUUACUGAAGAAUAUUAACAGAGAACCCUUCGCCAUGCCUUCUACCAGGAGCUCCUGUGUGUGCAGAGUGAUGCUGGAAAAGUCUCAGAUGUCUGUGAUUAGAAACAUCAUCUCUGGUUAUAUCCAUGCUGCUUAGUAACUCACACUCAACUGGAGUCAAAUCUAUAGGAAAGGCAUUAAAUUCUUGUGGCUUUGCAAAAAAUAAAAAUAAAAAUUUAGUUUUACCCAAAUAUCCUUACCUCUCCCAGUCUCUGUCUCUGUCACCCUCUGUUUUGUUUCCUCUGUUCCUUAGGGCCAAACUAUGACUUGCCUAGAGAGUGAGGGAAGUGGGAGGGAAAUAAGAGCAAUUUUCAGACAUUCCUGUGGUGAGACAAAGGGUGGGGCUUUCAUCCUGUCAUUAAAGCAGUAGUUGGCAGGUACCUAUCAGUCAGUGUUUCCUUAGGACUUUGGGGAACACGAAAAUGCAUGACAUAUAGUUGGAGAGGGGAGGCCAAUGUCUAAAGGAAAAACCAACACUACAAGGGCUCAUUUGGAGCAGCUCAGAGGGUCAGAGCUCCAGGAAGUCUGGGAAGGA